UGCCGGACGUCGGACCGCCCACCGGAGAGAGAACAAAAACAAUCCGCAUCCACUGACACUUCCACUCAAAAACACGGGGGGGGGGGGGACCUGAACCCGAAUUUUUGUUUAUCAUAUCGACACCGCCAAGGGAGACAUGGUUUCUCCGGUGACAGUGGUCAAGAGUGAAGGCCCAAAGCUGGUGCCGUUCUUCAAGGCAACGUGCGUCUACUUUGUCCUGUGGCUGCCCACCUCCAGCCCAUCCUGGUUCAGCGCCCUCAUCAAAUGUCUCCCCAUCUUCUGCCUGUGGGUCUUUUUACUGGCGCACGGCUUCAGCUUCCUCGGCGCUCACUCCAGCGCCCGCAAGAUCCUGGCCGGCCUCAUCUUCUCGGCUCUGGGCGAUGCCUUUCUCAUCUGGCAGGAGCAGGGCUACUUCGUCCACGGCCUCCUGAUGUUUGCCAUCACCCACAUCCUCUACUCAUCUGCCUUUGGGAUGAAGCCUGUUAACGUCCGUGCUGGCCUCGUGAUCACCGCCGUGUCCUCUCUGAGCUACAUGCUGCUGUACCCCUACCUGUCCGGCCCCUUCACCUACCUCGUGGCCGUCUACAUCGCCCUGAUCGGCUUCAUGGCCUGGAGGGCCAUCGCAGGCCUGCAGCGUGCCAACGAUGUGUGGACCUGGACCAAGCUGUCCGCCUGCCUGGGCGCCGUGCUCUUCAUGGUCUCCGACCUCACCAUCGCCGUCAACAAGUUCUGCUUCCCCGUGCCCCACUCGCGCGCCAUCAUCAUGGCCACCUACUACGCCGCGCAGAUGCUGAUAGCGCUGUCGGCCGUCGAGUGCCAGGAUGCGGAGAUUGCCAGGAAGAGAAUAUGAGGUACCACGGUGGUCUCCGCAGAGAGGCUGGCGGCCAAUUCCACAAAAUCGAGCCCCAAGUGAUCAUGGACACAUCCCACUGCCAGAUCCCACAACCCCUCAGCCCUCCAUCUUAGUGUGGUGCUCCCACACAGCUGUUACCAUGGCGACUGGCCCACCACAGUCUUCACAUGACUAUCACCUUACUACACCUCCACUAUAUUAUUAUUAUUAUUAUUAUUAGUCUCACACCUGUCUUCUGACCACGACGACAGGGUAGUAUUAUCUUCAGCCUCUCCCGACAACAGUCCUACCUGCUUCCUCCGAUUCUCGAAUAAUCUGUCUCUCAACCUGAUUACGACGGAGACACGUGCAGUUAUAUUAACCCUGCUAUAUAUAGAGAGUAUUACUUUUCACCGUUAUGUUUUAAUUUAAGAGGAGCGUGCCACUGGGGACCUUCAAGGAGUGUGUGUGCGUGCGCGUGUGUGUGUUUGUGAGAGAGCAAUUCUAUGUAUGUGUUGCAGGCGUGCGUGCGUGCGUGCGUGUGUGUGUGUGUGUGUGUGUGUGUGUGUGUGUGGGUGUGUGUGUGUGCGCGCAUUUAUGUGUGUUUGAUUAACACCUUUACCUCGCUUUCCACACAGUCUCAUCACAUACAACACACACAUGUAUUUUAGGAGGUCCAAUAACACAUCUUAUUUUCUAUCUCUUUUUUACUGACUUUCCCAUGUUCCGUCUCCGUUGUUCCGUGUUCCCCUGAAUCGAGGGUGCUAUUCCUUAAGUCGUGGAGCAUAUCCACACCUGUUUUUUUUUGUCUUAUCUGCAGUCACUAUCCAUUUCCUUAACAACAACAGCAGCAGCAACAACAACCACCACCCUGCCUUUUGUUCACCCCACCGCUUAACAUUUUAUACCCAGUCUCUCUAGUUGUGCAGGAGAAGAAGUAAGGCAAUGAGGGGGAAAAGGGCAGGCAGGGGAAGUGCGACAACCGCUGCGUAUCGUAGCUUCGGUGUGAUCUUAGAGGAGAUGUGGAGGUUGUUUCGUGGAAGCGCGACUCUUCCUGUCGAGUGUUAUCAACACUGUCCCCGCCGUCGCGUAGAGAACACAGUGACCACUGUGGUCGUGGCCAACUGAACACACUGUGCAUCCCCUCUUUUAGAGCGUGAAUUCUUUCAGUGGUCGUGUCCGCACACCUGACACCUAGAGCUCCCGCUGGGUUGCUUAUUGAAAAAGUUGACGGGGCUCUUACUGCUGCUCUCGUUCAGCCUAACCCAUGUUGUCAUUGGCCUAUUGAGACUGAAACGAAAGGACUGUGUUGCUGCAGGCUGGAAUCUUCUUUUUUUUGUUUAUCAACCCAAGUGUGUGUCUCAUUCUCAGAAUGGAGUCACUCACUCAUGCCCAUUGCCCCGGGGCAGAAAAACAGACAUGGAGGGAGAUGGCUUCUCAUGUGAUGGAACAGUUAACUCAUUAAUCCCAAUAAUUCUGUCUCACAGGGCACUUAAUCAGUUUUAAUCCGGCAAAAUCCACCGGAGGUAAUCCCCGACGGGCUGCCUUACAUUUUCUUUUAUCUCUGACACAUUUCCCCCUUUCGCCUUCCCUUUUCAUUUUUUACUUCCCAACAUUUUAAGUGUCAUACUAAAUUUUUAAGAGAUAUUCUGUCCUCGUAUGCAUGUCGUAUAUGCAUGUUUUGACUGUGUGUGUGUGUGUGUGUGAGAGUUUGUUGCCUUUGUUUUAUCCGUUCGGUGAACAUCUGUGUGUGUGUGUGUGUGUGUGUGUGUGAUUGCGACCAGUCAAAACCAACUCAAGGCCAGAAAUGCUGUGAGCCAUCAUAGUUCGUGUGGAGUACACAGACUGCUGGAUAUCAUUCAUGUAUUCCCUCCACAUCCCUUCGCCUCUUUUAUGUGUUUCACAGCAUGCCCUGAAUAACUUAUGUGCUGUCAUUUAGUAUUUGAAUGGGUAGUUUCAAACUUAGGGGAUAUAUAUCCUUCAUAUUUCCACAGCUGAGCAUUUCCACAUGCUGAACACGCUCCCUCUUGAUUGUGUCACUAGUUCGAGUAUUUGUCACUUUCCGAUUAAUACCGCAAGAACAUCAAUUUCAAAAUGCACACCAGCAGUUUAAAGUAUUUCUCCCUCACAAAAAGUAAACAAGGGGACAGUUUUUUUUUUUCUAUGUCUAAUGGUUCAGGCCACAAACUGCGGUCUAUAAAACGUACGCGCAUGGAAAAGAAAAGAUCUGUGUUAACGGUUCCCUCUGCUGGGUCAAUGACCCCUGGAGCUGUCGGUGACUCACCCGCAUAUGCUGAAAAGACACAAUCAAAUCUUUAUUCAUGCAUCACAUCAGCCACCACGACAGGUCUGCAGGCAGACUGCGGUGUUGACACUCGUCACCGUGUCAGACCGCGUGGUUAUUCUUGACGGCCGCUGUGCCUGUUGGUUCCUCAAUCCCCCUUUCUGGCGUGUCAGCGCAAUGUAUUUCUGCUUUGUCAAUCGACGUUUCGUCAGUCUAAAGUCCGUCUGUGGGACCAGCCGCUCGUCUUCCGUUCCGUUCCUCCCAGCACUGCGUUGCAAAGACACACUCUGCAGUACUUGUCCGGCGCUCAUGCUAAAGCACUCGACCGACAGAGUCAUCAACAAUGAAAGCCUUGCGUCGGUCUUAAAUCGUGGUUCAGUGGCGUACGAAAACCCAGAGGGGGACGACGAGGUCGAGUCAAGCAGUCUGACUUGUCCUUACUAUGUGGGCAAUUUGUGUGAGCACUUCUUUCUUUGUCCUCCGCCACUUAAAGCCUCCUGACUUUUGUUCAUGCGGUCCAAUGGCCGCAAGCCAAAAGAAAAGGCUUAACUUUGAAGCAUUUCUGGGAUUAUUUUGUACCUCCCAACCCCCACUUUGGAAAAAUCUCACUUUUUUAUGAGGGCGAUAGAUGUGCGGAAGCUUGUAAGGCAAGUGAUAAACUCCGGCCACAAAUCGAGCCACAAAGCCAGAAUGUUAUUAUGCCUAUAUGUGGAGGAUUUACUCUUCAAAAGCCACUGUGUCUCCUCAAUUGUUUCCCUCCCUCAUUUGACUUGGGGCACAGAAAACCAAGGCCAAAAGCACAAUAGAAAACCGAACUCAUCUCUCCGAGCGGAGCUGAGUUAGAAUUAGAGCCCCCUCGUGUGUCAUACUACCUUUUGUCUAGCGGCAGGCCAAGAUGUCCCCUCGUUGGUGCUGGAGGGGUUUUCGGGGCCUUCCACUCAGGAAGGCGGUUAAUGUCGACGGAUACUGUCGCUGGAAUUAGGUGAGGGGGGUGAAAUAUGACCCAUAGGGGGAAGACUCCCUUUCCAUCUGGCGCCGCUAUAGCUGCCAUCCUGCCCCCCCCCCCCCCCCCCCCCCCCUCACAGAUGGCAGGCCAGCAGGCCUGCAUCACUUUACCUCGGCCUGUCAACAGCCCUGUUGUUCUGGGCUUUGUGCGUGCAGACAAAGGCCACCUGGGAGAUCUGCGGGAGGCCGGUGUGGUGUGGCCUGCGCCGCAAUCGACGAGCCGGAACCGGUAGCUGAAGGGGGCCCGUGGUUUCACUCGCUCCUCCGAAAUAAGUCGGCGUCCAAAACACCGAAUCCGUAAAGCUCGCACAGCUUCGCUCGCCGAUGGAAAAGCGCACGCACUACACUACCCAGGUGCUUUUAUUACUACGACUGACAGUCAACACCCAACAUCAGUAUGAGCUCCUGAGGAGUUCGUAAAGUAUCCUGUCCUCUCCACUGUGCGCUGCACCUCUCUGAAACCCAGAGUGAGGCCAGUCAAUCUCUCAUUUGAAAGUGGUCAGUGUUCGUGUGCUGUAGUUUCUCUUUAAGCAUAUGCCCGUCUUUCCUUUUUAUUCUCCAUUUAAGAGAUUCAAAUGGAAGAAGAGUUGGUAAGACAGUUUUUAUCUUUGCUGGUAUGAGCACAAGAAAGAAUCAGCAUUUUUUCUUCUUUUAAAGGCAUUGAUUGCUGUUUAAGUGUUACGAACCCCUUAAGAAGUGUUAUCGUUUUAUUUAAAGUUAAGUUUAAAAAAAAAAAAAAAGAAGCCCAAAAUGUGUUUUUAUCUUUUAUUUGCGUGUCACUGUGGGAAAAAGCUGGGGUUCAUUUUCCACAAAUAUCCACUGUUGAUUUUUUUCGAGGGCCCAUUAAGAUGCAUUGUUUCUUGAACAUGUUUUGAAAAUUCCCUGAUCCACUUUAACCUUGUUGUCCUCGAUUUACACUUUGUGAUUUAUUUCUUCCACGACUGUAGAGAUGAAAUAGUUUCUUUGCUGUAGUGAAACUGCUAUGAAUGUGAAUAUCUAUUGGAGAAAUAAAUGCAAAACGCAAUUGCAAUGCAACGUCA